GUAUAUUUAAACAAACCAACCACAGUCAUACUGAUUUUAUAGAAGAAAAAAAAAAACAAUUUAGUAGAAGUAAUGUAAAAAAUAAUAUUUAGGAUGGGGGCUACAAUGGUAAAGCCUUUGGUGAAAAAUGGAAAUAUAUUGGACGCCUUGCCAUCGCAGGGAACUCUCCAUGUAGUCAUGUUAGGCUUGGAUUCUGCUGGAAAAACAACAGCACUAUAUAGGCUCAAGUUUGAUCAGUAUUUAAAUACAGUACCUACCAUUGGCUUCAAUUGCGAAAAGGUUCAAGGUACUAUUGGCAAAGCAAAAGGAGUACAUUUUCUUGUUUGGGAUGUUGGAGGACAAGAAAAGCUGAGACCACUUUGGCGGAGUUACACGCGCUGCACUGAUGGCAUUUUGUUUGUUAUCGAUUCAGUUGACGCGGAGCGAAUGGAAGAGGCAAAAAUGGAAUUAAUGCGAACAGCAAAAUGUCCAGAUAAUCAGGGUGUACCCGUACUAAUACUGGCAAAUAAGCAAGACCUGCCCAAUGCAUGCGGAGCCAAAGAGCUGGAAAAACUUUUAGGCCUUAACGAGCUUCACAAUUAUGCAACACCUCCGAAUAAAUCUGUGUUAAAUAGUUGUAGCUCAUCAUCAAGCAAUAGUAACUUGAUCAACGGCAGCGUGUCAAACCAAAGUAUUACCGAAAGUUCAUUAUCAGUUCACAUAAAACCUAAUCUAAGCGAUCAAAGUGAUGAAAAAAACACAUCUGCAUUUUUACAAUACGAUACGCAUAAGUAUAAAGAUUCUGGAGAAGAAAGCACAAAAAAAUGCUUUCAAAAUAUUAAGCAAGAUAAUUAUAAUAAGACAGCUUCUAAUACAACAUUUCGAGGAUGGUAUAUACAACCAACUUGCGCCAUAACCGGCGAAGGCCUUCAAGAAGGCUUAGACGCUCUGUAUGAUAUGAUUUUAAAGCGACGAAAACUCAACAAAUCUCAUAAAAAUCGAAGGUAAUAGUUAAAGUAAAUUUAUUUAGAUCGUGCCUAACUGUCUGUCGAGUUAAAUCACUUUUAUUUAGCACAAUUAAAUAAUAAUAAAAAAAAAAAUAUAUAUAUAGAUAUAUAUAUA